AUGUCAUCAAAAGAAAGGCGUCAAUCAAGCAUUCCAGAUUCUGUAGAGAACGCUGUUUGGCUUAAUCCGGAUGACCAAUCUGUUUAUUGGUCACAAAAUGUUCUUGACUUCUACUACGGCGGUGAUAGCCAAUUUUGCUAUUCAACUUAUAUGGGGCAGACGCCAUUAGACAGAGAGUGGUGGGGUGGAGUGCUAGGGUAUUGUGGAGAUGGAUAUAUGCAAGAAACGCAUGUUCGUGCAUGGUGUAACAAGCUAAUACAGGAUAGAGAAACAAAAUAUCGUCGGGGGACAUCUUCAUCAAAUACUUUUCGUUGGACCAUUCUACCCCCAAAUUUCAUAGACCUUCUGGCAGAACAGGAUAACGAUGCUUACGGAUACGCUACUGGCAGUGUAGAACUUUACCCUCCCUUUUGGGACGUGGAUACGGUUUACAUACCAGUAUCCAAAGAGAAAGAAGGCUGGGUAAUCUUGAAGAUAGAUAUGCACUCACUAAAAAUUACCGUUUAUUUUACCAAUAAAUGUGAUGCACUUAAUUGCGGGGAAAGAUUCUGCAUUCACAGAAGGAUACACCAAAUUCUAGUAGAAUUUGAGAGUCUCUUCUUAUGGUUCCUCGGUCGUAUACAGUAUUGGGAAAAUGCAGGACUAAGUGAGGCUGAUGCGUUGGAUUACACCGGGGAUGUUGUCUGGCCUACAUCGGAACAUCGGGUUGGUCGGAAUUCGGGUGUGAUAUUGUGUAUGUUGCUGCAAAAUCUUGUGCAAAACAGUGUACUUCCAAAUUGGCAGGAACGAAACAUGCAAGAUGCAUGUAUGAGAUAUAGAAGAUUUAUGGCGGAUCAACUCUAUUCUGCACGUUUCAUACCCCAUUAAUAAUCUACUUAAAAAA